GCAACCUAGCUGCUCUGGGGGUGACUGAGUUCUUGGUGCAAGAAAUCAGCGGUGGCAAGAUUCAAAACAGACACACCAGUCAACAUGAGCACGGCAGGCAAAGUUAUUAAAUGCAAGGCAGCAGUGCUGUGGGAAGCCAAUAAACCAUUCAGUAUUGAGGAAGUGGAAGUUGCCCCACCAAAAGAACAUGAAGUUCGUAUAAAGGUCAUGGCCACUGGGAUCUGCCGCUCUGAUGACCAUGUGAUAACUGGUGCAUUGGUUAUGCCUUUUCCAAUAAUUCUUGGGCAUGAAGCAGCUGGUAUUGUGGAGAGUGUUGGGCAGGGAGUGACUUCAGUCAAGCCAGGAGAUAAGGUUAUUCCACUCUUUGUUCCACAGUGUGGGGAGUGCAAGAGCUGCUUAAACACCAAGGGUAACCUGUGCAGUAAAACUGAUCUUGGUAAAAGUGCUGGAUUAAUGCCUGAUGGCACCACCAGAUUCACCUGUAAAGGAAAAGCAAUUUACCAUUUUCUUGGUACAAGUACCUUCACUGAAUACACAGUAGUGCAUGAAUCUGCUGUAGCCAAAAUCGAUUCUGCUGCUCCUCUGGAAAAAGUUUGUCUAAUUGGCUGUGGAUUUUCAACUGGUUAUGGGGCUGCUCUGCAGACUGCCAAGGUGGAACCAGGCUCCACCUGUGCUGUCUUUGGCCUUGGAGGAGUUGGCCUCUCUGUUGUCAUGGGCUGCAAGGUGGCUGGAGCUUCCCGCAUCAUUGCUGUGGACAUCAAUAGCGACAAGUUUGCCAAGGCCAAGGAGCUGGGAGCCACCGACUGCGUCAACCCUAAAGAUUUCAACAAGCCCAUCCACCAAGUGUUGAUGGAAAUGACCGGUGGGGGUGUGGACUACUCCUUCGAGGUCAUCGGCCGUAUGGAUACCAUGACUUCAGCCUUGGCCUGUUGUCAGUAUAACUACGGAGUCAGUGUGAUUGUGGGAGUGCCCCCUGCAGCACAAAAGAUCUCCUUUGAUCCCAUGCUCCUCUUCACUGGUCGCAGCUGGAAAGGCUCGGUCUUUGGAGGCUGGAAGAGUAAAGAUGCAGUUCCCAAACUGGUUGCUGACUAUAUGAAGAAAAAGUUUGUUCUGGAUCCAUUAAUAACCCACACACUACCUUUGACAAAGAUCAAUGAAGGAUUUGAUCUUCUAAGGACAGGAAAGAGCAUCCGCAGUGUCCUGACAUUUUAGGAUUCCCAGAUAUUAACCAGCAGAUGGCUCAGCACCAGUAUGAACUUCACUGUCCUCAAAUACAACUUACAUGAAACAUAAAACAAGAUUAUCCUGAAAGAUCUACCACUACCUUUGAAUAAAAGAAUUAAGCUCCAGCCUCUCUUUUCAAGCACAGAAUUUAUAAACGAAGUCAUCUUUUUCCUUCUA